AUGUUUGUGAACAAGCAUCUAAUGGCUGCUGUUGCCCGUAACAGCAGCAGAGCUUUGAACGUUUCUGCUCGCUCUGGCACCACCGCCAGAUUGUUUUCUACAUCAAGACCAGCCUUCAAUGCUGCUGCUGGUAAGCCUUCCUUGGCCAAGAGAGUUUUGAAGGGUACUUUGAAAACCUCUUUGGUUGCCUUGCUUGCAGGUACUGCUUAUGUCUCUUAUGAAUUAUACAGGGAGGCUAACCCACCUCCACAAGUUCCACAAUCUCCAACUUUCAGCAAUGGAUCUCCAAGAAAGACCCUAGUCGUCUUGGGUACCGGUUGGGGUUCCGUCUCGCUAUUGAAGAACUUGGACACCACCUUGUACAACGUUAUUGUCGUUUCUCCAAGAAACUACUUUUUGUUCACUCCCUUAUUGCCAUCUACCCCCGUCGGUACUGUUGAAUUGAAGUCUAUUGUCCAACCUGUUAGAACUAUCACCAGAUCUUCCCCAGGUGAAGUCCACUACUACGAAGCUGAAGCCAAGGAUGUCGACCCUGUUGCCAAGACCGUCAGAAUCAAGUCUGCUACCAAGGACCACGAUUACGAAUUGGACUUGAAGUACGACUACUUGGUCGUCGGUGUCGGUGCUCAGCCAACUACCUUUGGUAUCCCAGGUGUGUUUGAAAAUGCUUCCUUCUUGAAGGAAAUCCCUGACGCUCAAGACAUUAGAACUAAGAUUAUGAACAACAUCGAAAAGGCCGCUACCCUAUCUCCAAAUGACCCAGAACGUAAGAGAUUGUUGAGCUUUGUUGUUGUUGGUGGUGGUCCAACCGGUGUUGAAUUCGCUGCUGAAUUGCAAGACUACGUUGACCAAGAUUUGUCUAAAUGGAUCCCAGAAAUCUCUAAAGAAAUUAAGGUCACUUUGGUUGAAGCUCUUCCAAACAUUUUGAACAUGUUCGACAAGUCUCUAUGGCAAUACGCCCAAGAUUUGUUCGCUAAGGAAAAGAUUGACUUGAAAUUGCAAACUAUGGUUAAGAACGUUGACUCCACUACCAUUACCGCCAAGCGUGGUGAUGCUGUCGAAGAAAUUCCAUAUGGUGUUUUAGUCUGGGCUACCGGUAACGCUCCAAGAGAAGUCUCCAAGAACUUGAUGCAAAAGCUACCUGAACAAAAUUCCAGACGUGGUCUUCUAAUUAACGACAAGUUGCAACUAUUGGGUGCUGAAGACUCUAUCUUCGCUAUUGGUGAUUGUACCUUCUACCCAGGUCUUUUCCCAACCGCCCAAGUCGCUCACCAAGAAGCAGAAUACUUGGCUACCACUUUGAAGACCCAGUACAAGAUUGACCAAUUGAAGUGGCAAAUCGCUAACACUAGCAACGCUACUGAAACUUCUAAAUUGCACUCCAAGUUGGACAGAUUGUCAAAGCAAAUUCAACCAUUCAAGUAUGUUCACCAAGGUACCCUUGCCUACAUUGGUUCUGAACAAGCUAUCGCUGACCUACCUUUCGGUGACUCCAAGUACCGUAUGGCUGGUUCAUUCACUUUCUUGUUCUGGAAGUCUGCUUACCUAGCCAUGUGUCUAUCCUUCAGAAACAGAAUUUUGGUGUGUAUGGACUGGGCUAAGGUUUACUUCCUAGGAAGAGAUUCUUCUGUUUAA